AAGGCAGAUAAGAGGGAAGCAUCGAUCAUUUUCUUAGUUUACAACUUCAUUAAUUAUUUUCAAAUAGGAGGGUAUUUUAGUAAAAUGUAUUCUUUUUCUCAUAUAUGAUUAAAAGUGUAGUGAUUUCAUGGUCGGAGCAAGAGCAACUUUGGGCUGAGACUUGGAUCAAAGAAUUAACGGCAGAUGAAUCUGAUUCAUGGAAGAAAUCACCUUGCCUGCGCGACGAUGAAGAUUUCCGCCAUUAAAGCCAAUUUCUCAUGCUCCAGAAAUCCUCCUCUCUUCUCUUCAGCUGCCUCAUUUUCAUCCUUUCAGUCGAACCUCGCAGAUAAAAUCAUAAACUCCAAAUCCGCAAGUGAAACGCUUCAGUUGUAUUAUUCAGCUUCCAAGAACAUCGAUGCCACUAAGAAUUUAAAACUGCAUUCAGCGACUAUUCAUUUCUUGACCAAUGCAAGGUUAUACUUGAAGGCCAGGUGUUUGAUGAAAGACCUCAUCGAAACUCUACACAGAUCUUGCCCUCCUAACAGAGUAUGUUCUUUGCUCUACCAUGCCCUUGAUCAACCCGAACUCAGCAAGCCCAAAACCAAAGUGUUUGGAGUGUUAAUCAUAGCUUUAACCGAACUGGGAUUUGUGGAUGAGGCGUAUUGGGUGCUCAAGAAAACAGAUGAGUUGCCUGCUGUUCAUGUUUGCAACAGGAUUUUAGAUGGGUUUCUGAAAACUGGGAGGUAUAAUUCAAUGUGGGAGGCUUACAAAAACAUUACUUCUCAUGACAUGCCACCAAAUGUUGUCACGUAUGGGAUUUUAAUCGAUGCAUGUUGUCACCAAGGAGAUAUCAAAAAAGCCCGGAAGCUGUUUGAUGAAAUGCUUGAAAGAGGUAUGAACCCGACUGUUGUCAUUUACACAACUUUUAUACGUGGGCUAUGUUGUGAAGGUAGAAUAUCAGAAGCCGAAAGCAUGUUUGCAGAAAUGAACAAAGCUGGAGUGGCUCCAGAUUUAUACACUUACAAUGCUCUAAUAGAUGGCCAUUGUAAGAUGGCAAAUGUUAGUAAAGCUCUUGACUUUUACAAAGAGAUCUUGAUCACUGGUUUGAUCCCAAAUUUUGUCACAUUUGGUAUCCUAAUCGACAUGUUUCGCAAAGUGGGUAGCAUGUUAUCUGCCCAAAGUUGUUUCAGUCAAAUGAUUAAGUUUGGUGAGAUACCUAAUUCACACAUUUAUAAUUGUUUAAUUGAUGGAUAUUGUAAAGAAGGAAAUCUUUCUGCAGCCCUUAAUUUGUUAUCCGAAAUGGAAACCUUGGGUAUAACAAAUGAUGUUUACACUUACUGUAUACUUAUAAAUGGCCAUUGCAAUAUGGGUAGAUUACAAGAAGCAAAUCUUUUGCUAAAAGAAAUGACUAAAAAGGGAGUCGUUGCUAAUUCAGCAGUUUACAAUGCAUUAAUCAAUGGGUACUCAAAGAAAGGAAACAUGGAGAAAGCUCUUGAGUUGUGUGGUGAAAUGAUGAGUAAUGGUGUUGAGAUUAAUAUCAUUACUUACUCUACAUUAAUAAACGGUUAUUGUAAGGUAAAGAACAUGGAAUGUGCAAUGGGUUUAUACACAGAAAUGAUGAUCAAAGGUCUUGUGCCUGAUGUUGUGAUUUACACUGCUUUAAUUGAUGGACAUUUUAAAGAUUGCAAUACAAAAUCGGCUUUAAAGAUCUACAAGGAGAUGAUGGAGUCAGGAUUAACCCCUAAUGUUUUCACUCUUACUUGUUUGAUUGAUGGAUUAUGCAAAGAUGGUUUAACUAAUGAUGCAAUCAAGAUUUUCUUGGAAAAUGAGAAUUGUCACCCGAAUAAUGUUCUUUACACAUCAUUGAUUAUAGGACUUUGCAAUGAUGGGAAAGUGUUCAAAGCUGGUAAGUUUUUCAGAGACAUGAAACAGAUUGGUUUGAAGGCAGAUGUGGAUGUUUAUGCAGUGAUUACAGAGUGGCAUUUUAAGAUGAAACAUAUGUAUGGUGUGAUGAUGUUACAUGGAGACAUGGUUAAGAUUGGUGUGAUCCCAAAUGAUGUGAUUUAUGGUGUGUUUGCUAGGGGUUAUAGAGAAAAUGGGGAUUAUAAAUCAGCAUUCAAGUGUUCUGAUGAUCUUCUGGAAUUGGGUGUUCAAUGUGAGAGUUUGUAGUUGUAGUUGGGAAAUUUAUAAGAGAUAUAAUUUAUGCUUUA